CAGCAGAGGUGCCAGGAGCUCCAAAAUGCAGACCUACUGCAAGGCCCAGGCACGAGAGGACUAGCAGCCCAGCACCUGGGCUAGAGGCUGGGGGGUGGCUCCGGGGACAGCUCCAGUCCUGGGAGGAAGACUGGCCAGAGCAAGGACUUGGGUAGCAGGGGCGGAGAGCAGGAUAGGAACCAAGGAGGGGUGAGACUGACAUUUACCUGGAGCGGCCAUCUGUCAGGUUUACCUAUGAUACCUUCCUGCCCUGGGGGAAGGAUUGUCAUCUUCAAGUCACACAUGAGGAAAAUAGGAAAUGGGGCAUUAUACAUUACCAGGGUCGGAGAAGUGGGAUAAGAGCCAGCACGUGGGGCCUAUAGUCUUUCCAUGAGCAAAGAGGAUGCAGAGAAAUCUCAAGUGGGAAAUCUGAUAAAUAAUAGGCAAAAGAAGAGAUGAGGGAGGUGGAGGGCUCCAUUCGGACGAGAACACUGAAGAACUGCGGCGGGGACGGGACAGCGGUGGGGACAGGACAGAGGCAGGAGCCAGGCUGCCUAUGGCAGCUGGAAGGGCCAGUCCGAACUCAGCGUUCGCGCAGAGGGGGCGGAGCACCGCCUAUGGAGGAAUGGCCUGGCCCCAGCAAACUGGGGGCCUACUUGGGCACGCCCCCAUUCUGUGACCAGGGCAAGUCCUUUUCCUCCUCUGAGCCUCAGUUUCCUAGUCAGUUGUGCAGAGAGAGUAAAAACACAAUCUUUGCCUUGCACCGGGGUUUGCGAGCCCUGAAUCUGACAAUGCACCUGUUUUUCUGGCAAACCUGGUUGUGCAAUGUCCGCGUCUAAAAGCCGCUGAGCGGCGAAAGCGGAAACACCCAGAGGACGCUCCCAGGGCCCACCCACCGGCGGGUAGCGCGCCAGACCUGGAAGCGGCCGCUCCCUGGCCUCCCGCGCCGGGCUCGCUCGGGGGGCGUCCCAUCCACUCCCCUCCGCAGCUUCGUGGACAAAGUUAAGGCCGGGCGAGCAGCGGGGCAGCCAUGGCGGAGCCGGAGGCCGAGGACCUGGACGCCCUCAUCGACGACCUCGACUACCUCCCGGGCCACUUCCACCUGGAGAUGCAGCUGAACUUCGAGCCGCGCUCGCCCGCCCCGCUGCGCGCCCGGGAUCUGAAGCUGCAGCGGGAGGGCCUUCGGCAGGAGCUCGAGCUGGCGGCCGCCCCGCAGCGCCCCGCCGUGCGUCACCUCCUAGGCGCAUUCGCCUUCUACCUGGAGGAGCUGGACGAGGCCCGCGAACGCUUCCUCGAGGUAGCCCACGAGGACCCGGGCAACCUUAACGCCUGGGCCAAUCUGGCGCACGUGUACGGGCGGCUGGGACAGGAGGAAGAGGAGGAGGCGUGCGCUGUGCGGCUGGCGGACCUCAUGGGCCUGGCGGCGGAGCCCGAGACCGGCGGGGACCCGCAGCUCCGCGCCGCGCGCUGCCUGGCAGAGCAGGGCUACGCGCACGGCUUCGACGUGGGCUGCGCCAGCCCGGAGGAGCGCGCCCGGGUGCUGGCGGCUGGCAUCGCGCUCUACGACAAGGCGCUGAGCUAUGGGAAGCAGAUCCCCGCUGAGGAGAAGAGGGGCUGGUACUUCACCAUGGCAACGCUCUUCCUCAGGCUAGAUGGCAUCUUCCUGGAGCUGGGCAGCGAGGAGCACAAGAGGCUGCCCGCCUUCAACCGCACGCUGGCCCUGCUCCGGCAAGUACUCAAGUCCUCAGACCCCCACCACCGAGCUCUAGCCUGGUGCUACCUCGGGAUGCUGCUGGAGAGGAAGGACACGUUCUCCACCACCCCCAUGGGUGUCCAUGACUGCGGGUACUCGGGGACCGACCCGCUGGACUGUUUUGGCAAGGCCAUUGAGAUUGCCAAGGAUCAACCUCCCAUCCUGAAUCGCCUGGCCAAAAUCUUCCACUUUCUAGGAAAGCAGGAUAUGGCCAUUGGAACCUGUAACAUGGCCCUGGAUGUAAUACGAGAUCCAGAGCUCAACUGGCAGGCCUAUUGCACGAGGGCCAAGAUCCACAUCAAGGCCUACCUGCAUGACUUGGAGAGGGCCAAGAUGGGGCUUGGGGGCGUGCCUGACAGGAGCCACCUGGCCUGCGCCAAGGCUGACUUGGAGGAAGUGGUCAGAGUGUGCCCAGGCCUCAAGACCUACCUGGACAUCGGCCAGGUCUACUACUACAUGGGCGUGGACGCGAUGCAGGAGCUGCUGGCUGUGGACGAGGAGGCGCUGAACCAGGCGCUGGUCUUCCUGGCCAAGGCCGGCGAGUCGGAGCUGGGCGCCACGCUGCCCGAGCUGCAGCUGCUGCGUGGCAAGUGCCUGCGCAUCAAGGGCGAGGAGGCCAACGCUGCGGCCUGCUUCAAGCGCGCGGUGGAGCUGGAUGACGCCGGCUCCAGCCACACCGAGGGCUUUGGCUGCCUGCUCGAGGCGCUGCUGGCGCAGUGGAGCCAGGCGCAGCUGAGCGACGGCGAGCUGGGCCGCGAGGUGGACGUUUGGCUGCGCCGCGCCCAGGACAAGUACCCAGCUGCGAGCCUGCGCCAGGAGCUGCAGCGCGUGUGGCGCGGCCACACGGACGAGGUGCUGGGGCUGGCCCGGGCCUUGGUGGCCCAGGGACGGCCGGCGCUGGUGCGGCUGCUCUUCGAGACCAUGGAGCGCGAAGGCGAAGGAGCAGGAACACCGCGGGGCCGCAGGGCGCUCACCCUGUGAGGCGCCGCGCGCAGGCCCAAAGGACGCCGAGGCCCCGCCCCUCCACCGCUGAUUGGACCAAGUUUGCACGCUUGAGACCGGCCUGUCCUGCCAUAGGCUGGCUGGUGAGCGGAGCCAAUCAGAUCCUCCGUGGGGAAUUGGGAAUUCCACAAACGAGGAGACCCUAGCGCAGUUUGAAGCGCCCACAGGGGCGGGAAGGUCUUGCUUGGGAGAGCAACGGAGGCUAGGGAGGAGAGAGGUUACUGGGAAACUAACGAUAAGGGGCAGAAUUUUACAGACAUGCACAAAAUAAGAUGGCUGAGAGGCUCUUGAGAACAAGAGAAUUGCCUCCGUUGUGGCGGUUCUAGUUCCCGAGCUCAAUCACUGAGGCCUGAGGGCCGGUCUUUGAAGUCCCAGGAGCCACACUCUUUCCUUAUAGUAAAGCCCCCUUUACUGAAGCUGACUGGAGUGGGUCUCAGGUCCUGCAGCUAGAAAAGCCCUAGCUAGAACAGAUGGCCGGGUGGCACAGGGAGUGAGUUUCCGGCAGGGACCUCGCCUAAGCCGGGGAGCUCAGGGUUCUCCCCUCCCUCUCUACCAGGUUUACAGCAGCCCUCAUCCUAAACUCCCCUGAAAUAACACCCAUCAGUAGUCCCUUUACUUGACUUCCCUGUUCUUAGGGGAACCUAGGGACCCUAGCAGGAAGUGCUAUCUGCCCCCAAUCAUGAACAUUCUACAAGAGAAUGAGGAAAACAUUGGAGUUUUACACAGUUGGGAUCAUAGUAAUAGAAUCUAAGAUGUGGAAAUGGGUCAAAGACUGAUUGCCACCAGAUCUGGAAAUGGCUGGGCUGGAUUCGGUGGCCUAACACACAAGCUCUAUUUGAACCCAAAAUUCCAGAUAAAGUUCUUACCAGACUCCAGGAGUGCUGCCACAGUAAGCUCCCCACAAUGGUCUGUAAAAACCUUUUGCAUAUUUUCCUUUCUUUGCUUUGCUUUCCUCAUAUCCCUGGCCUCAGACAUUACCAGGGACAGGCUGGCACUCCUGCAUUGCACCUUGUCUGUCCACUGACAGAUGGAGAACAGACUGAAAUGCGGUGCCCCAGAGACCACACGCUCCAGCCCCUUCCUUGUGCAGCUGGGGAAACUGAGAGCCGUGGAAGGGAAGUGGCUCACCAAAAGCCACACUUGCUGUCCUCCCCAUUCUGUACCUCAAGCUUACCAUAACCGUGUUUCAGGUUUAGAAAAAUAUUAAUAAACUGAUCAACACUAAAGCA